GUGUAAUUCUGCACUGACAAAACCCCCGCCAUUUCCAUUCUCUUUUGCCAUUAACUCCAAUCCAUAACGGUCCUUAAACCCUAACUUAACUAGAUUGGGAACCCAAUCCUUGAUGUCACUUCUCGCUCGCCUCUCCCGCCAGAAACCACCGCCGCCUUCUUCGCUCUGUCUGACGUUACUCGCCCGUCAUCUCUCUUCUGCUUCCACUUCGUCAAAACUCCAUGACCACUACGCUUUCAGACCCCCGCCCUCUCUCUCUCCCCAAGAACCUGAUAACCCUAAUCCGACUACCAGGAAAAAGCAAAAGCCUUUGUAUCGUCCGCCUUCCACGCUCGAUCGGACGGGCAAAAAGCCGACACACUCCGAUCUGCCGUUUGAUUUUCGGUAUAGUUACACGGAGAGUAGUCAGUCGGUGAGGCCCAUUGGACUUAGAGAGCCUAAGUACUCGCCAUUUGGUCCAGACCGUUUGGACCGAUCAUGGACCGGUGUAUGCGCCCCGGCUGUUGAUCCGAAGGUGAAGUCAUUGGACGGAACUGAUGAUCCUAAUUUGGAGGAGAAGAGGAAGUUGAUGAGAGAGAAAAUCCAAGGAGACCCACUUACCAAUGCUGAGAGGAAGAUUCUAGUGGCACAAUGUCAAAGGAAUAAAACCAAGAGGCAAAUUAAUCUCGGGAGAGAUGGUUUAACCCACAACAUGCUGAAUGAUAUUCAUAAUCAUUGGAAACAUGCCGAAGCAGUCAGGAUUAAAUGUUUAGGUGUUCCUACUGUUGAUAUGAAAAAUGUGUGCUCUCAGCUUGAGGAUAAAACCUUUGGGAAGAUUAUUCACAGGCACUGUGGUUCACUGGUAUUAUAUCGAGGCAGGAAUUAUAAUCCCAAGAAAAGACCUGUGAUUCCAUUGAUGAUGUGGAGACCUCAUGAACCCAUCUAUCCCAGGCUAAUCAAAACUACAAUCGAUGGCCUGAGCAUUGAUGAAACAAAGGAAAUGAGGAAGAGAGGACUUGCUGUACCUGCUUUAACAAAACUUGCUAAAAAUGGGUAUUAUGCUAGUCUGGUACCCAUGGUCAGAGAUGCUUUUCUCACCAAUGAACUGGUUCGGAUAGACUGCCAGGGCUUGGAGAAGAGUGAUUACAAGAAAAUAGGCUGCAAACUGAGGGACUUGGUUCCUUGUAUUCUCGUAACAUUCGAGAAGGAGCAGAUUGUUGUGUGGAGAGGAAAGGAUUAUAAGCCUCCGGAAGAUGGAGAAUUGUUUGCUGAUAGGGAAUUCUUUGAUGAUCCUGAGGGCAGUAGUAUGGGUCUCAGUGAAGACAGUUGUAGCUCAGAUGACAACAGCAGUCCAGGGUUCUACUCUGGUGAUGACGAGUAGUUUCUUUCUCGCUGUUUGUUAAGCUCAAACUUUCACAUUUUAUUGGACUUGGCUUGUGUUCUGCAAUGUGGAAAAUUUGGAAUGUGAAUCUAGAGGAGGCUGAGCUGUCAUCAUUGGAUGAAGCGGAGUAUAGCAGCUGCAGUAGAUGUCAAAUUGGUUCACUGCUAAAUGUGACCGUACUCUCUGCAUCCCCGCUGAAGAAAUGAAAUGGUACAGAAGUAAUCAAAAUCAAAAGAUUGAGAAUUUGGGGGGGGGUGUACAAAUGUUCAAGGUGAUUUUUGCCAUUUCGAUAGAAUGUUUAAUAUUUUGCUCGCUCAGUGUUUGAGGGAAUGGGUCGUCCGGGAUCUAUGCAUUUGAAGAUGGAACAGCUAAUAGCACAUAUAUAAAAUAUAAAUAGAGAUUUGGACUUACUUGCCCUAAUUUUACCAUUUAAAAUUUACUAAUUGAUUACUUAAUUUUUCACCCUUA